CGCCACACACACUUGACAGUGCAGCUGAGGAGGCAGAGCACCACAGGGUAGCUACCAGUAGCACAUACACUAACAAUGGCGAUGGCAAGGGUGCCCAUCCUCGUCGCCGUGGCCCUCAUGGCCGCGUCGGCCUCCUGCAGCGCAUGGGAUCCCACCAUCCGGAUGGUCGACGACGCGGUGGCGCCGCUCAUCCACGCGCUGCGGCCGCUGCUGGGCUCCGGCGGGCAGCUGGGGAGCCGCGGCGGCGUGCCGUGCGACAGCUGGAGGCUGGGCGUGGAGGCGUACAACGUGCGGGACUGGAAGACGGUGCCGGCCAACUGCGAGGGCUACGUGGGGCACUACAUGCUCGGCAACCACUUCCGGCGCGACUUCAAGGUCGUCAUCGACCAGGCCAUCGCCUACGUCGACGGCCUCAAGCUCGCCGGCAACGGCAAGGACGUGUGGGUCUUCGACAUCGACGAGACCACCCUCUCCAACCUCCCUUACUACGCCACGCACGGCUUUGGGGCUAGGCCAUACAACGCGACGAGCUUCGACGCGUACGUGCUGGAGGGGAGCGCGCCGGCGCUGCCGGAGACGAAGCGGCUCUACUACAAGCUACUCAAGGUGGGCAUCAAGCCGGUGUUCAUCACAGGCCGGACGGAGGACAAGAGGGCCGUCACCGUCGGGAACCUCCGCAGCCAGGGCUUCUCCGGGUGGAUGAACCUGACGCUCAAGCAGCACGGAUUCAAGGGCUCCGCCAUAUCCUACAAGUCCGCCGAGAGGAAGAAGCUGCAGGACGCCGGGUACGUCAUCGUCGGCAACAUCGGCGACCAGUGGAGCGACAUCCUCGGCGCGCCCGAGGGCGCUCGCACCUUCAAGCUGCCUGACCCCAUUUACUACAUCGCCUAGGUCGGCUGCGGCCAUUUGGUUGCCCCAUGCUCGUGCUCCACGAAUAAUAAUCAAGCUCCAUGCUCUCUUGAUACUCCAUGGAGUAAUUGUUAUCUGCAUGCUCGAUGCAUCAGUAAUAAUCCACUGUGUUUUGUUUUUUUGA